GAACACCUACCGAGCUGCGUGACGUGUAUAUCCGGCGAAGCUCCAAGGCACACUGACAGGACAGCGACUUGAACCAAAGGCCAACGUUAGUGUAUUCGGUACUGCAGGCCGAACAGACCAGCGGCCCGAGUUUGCAAAGCACAGUUAAGAACUUCGGCCCAGGCUCGGCACAGACACGGCGCCCGCCUGUUUGUCUCGCCUACUCUUGACAGAACUUACUACCUUCCCUUCACGUGCGAGCACCGUAGCACUGGAUUCGCGAUGAUUCGAAGGAGUUCAUACCGAACACAACCGCAGAUGACAUCACAACCAACUGACCGGCCCCUGUCCAGCUUAUUAAUGGACGCCGCUGACAAAUUUGUCUGUCGACUGAGACGCGAUGGAUUCAGGGGCAACAACAAAGCACAAGCCGAGGGCCAUCAACGUUACACAGGAGGAGUUACCUCUCCGUAUCCGAUCGGACCUGGCCGUCAAGAUAAAUUGUCUCAGGUGUCCGCGCUCACCAUGACCUCACCCGGACUUCAACGAACCCGGUCUGACCUUCUCUGUCAACUGGCUGCGCAAAUCUGUCUCCCAUCUUGAACGCUUCUUCCCCUGAUUCCAAAGACAGCAACAACAACAACAAUAUGGCUGCUCUUCCCGCCUCAGUCCCCCCCACUCACCCGGCGGUCGUCAUCACCGCCAUCCGGCAGCCGCUGGAGAUCACCAACCUUCCCACCGUCCCACCCGGCGACGGCGAAGUGCUCAUCCACGUGACCUGGACGUCCUCCUCGCCGCUGGACCUGCACCGCGCCGACGGCGGCCUGCUGGUGAGCACGACGCCCUUCCCCAUGGGGUCGUCCUUCGCCGGCACCGUGGUCGCGCUCGGCGGGCGCGGGCGCGGGGGCGCGUCGUCUGCCGACUCGCGCCUGCGCGUGGGCGACCAGGUGUUCGGCUUCGCCAUGGACGGCUCCGCCGAGGCCGCCGGCGCCCAGACCUACGUCACCCAGCCCACCUGGCGCGUCAGCAAGCUGCCGCCGAACCUGACGCUGGCCGAGGCCGUCGGCGUGCCGACCAACCUGGUGACCGCGUUCCAUGCGAUCACCGCCGAUCUGGGCCUUGAGCUGCCCUGGCCCGUGCCUCAGGGGUGGACGCCGCCCAGGGCCGACGAGCUGGUUCUGGUGUGGGGCGCUGCGAGCAGUGUGGGCAUGUACGUGCUCCAGGUGCUGAGGCAUUGGGGCUACCGGAACGUGCUGGCUGUCGCGAGCGGUAAGCAUCACGACAGCCUGAAAGCGUUGGGGGCGAAGGAGUGCUUCGACUACAGGAAUGCGGGUGUGGUUGACGAGAUCUUGGGGUAUGUGGAGAGGGUCAAGGGGAGGGUUGCAAAUGGACCCAAGCUGCCGUCAAUUGUGGACUGCAUCGGCUCGAAGGAGGGGACACUGCGACCGUUGACCAAAAUCGCCGAGCCCGGGAGCAAUGUUGCGGUUAUGUUGCCAGUGAUCAAUGUCCACGCGAGCGAAGACCAGGUGCCGGAGUACGAGAUGGACGUGAGCAAGGUGCUGCCGGGAGAGUGGAGAGAAGGCGUUGAUGUGAAGGGAACAAGGACACACUUUUACGCAAGGAACGAGUUCUUCAAGGAACAUCUUCAGGCCGAGAUUGUUCCUACGCUGCUAGAACAGGGCGUUGUGCAACCCAACAAGCAGAGGUUCGUGGAGGGCAAGACGCUGCUUGAGCGAGCACAGAACGCACUCAACCUGCUGAGGUCCCAGGCAGUGUCGGGGGAGAAGCUUGUGUGGCGGGUGGCAGAGGAAGAGGAUUGAUUUUGCCUGGCGCGAUACGUGAGUCAUGAUGAGCUGAGCGCUCAGGGGUGAUUUCACAUGCUACUUGCGUUCGCUCAACCGACAACAGAACGGGUUGCUGUGUAAACGCGUGGCAGCAAGGUGUUACCUCCGGAAGGAGAAAUGCCGAGCAAGCAUUGGUGCGAUUGGUGGCAGAAUCCGCACAACAGUAAAUGCUCCAUUCGGGGCUGACAAUGGUAUGAUGGCAUGUGCUAACCUGGUCAUAACCGCCGGGAGGGAGGUCGACGGGCGCCGCUGGUUCCUCAUGCCGUAGACCGAUUGGCCGGCUGGUAGCAUGUAUAACUAACACGAUCGUGUACUUGUAGGCCGCGAUGCCGCCUUUGUAUGUGG